GGUCUAAUUGAGCUUUUGGGCCACGGUCACACUGCUGAAAAUUCCAUUAGAAAACGAGAAAAAAACGUAGCGAAAGAGAGAAAUUACGACGUCUGCAGGGCCGUAGCGAAAAAAACAGCAAAUACUGAGACAGAGUGACUAUGAUUGUUGUUAAGUGAAAGCAGCACUUUGGAAAACGGCCAGGCCAGCGGCAGAGGGAAAGCAGCAGAGUAGCGUUCGAAAAUCAAGCCAGCGGAAAGCGAAUCAAAGCUGGAAGGCGAUAAAGCGGCUCACCAGGCACCACCACCACAGCAGCAGCAGCAGCCAGGGAAAGUGCGAGAGUGUGCGUGCGUGUGAGUGUAAGUGAGUAAGUGUGUGGGCAGUGGAAAGGAAACUGAGCCGAGAGAGAGAGAGAGAGAGCGGAGAGCCAUAGUGGAAGUGGGAGCGGGAGAGGAGAAGUCCGAUUCCGAGUCCCGGAAUAGAAACCCCCAAAAGGAUUUGGAUUAGGAUCGGGAUCAGGAUCAGGAACAGGAAACGCGCACCCAGACCAUGUCUUCGAAUAACCAGAGCAGCAGCGCUGGCCAGGCGGCAACAAGUGCCCGCACAGGCGGUUCCAGUGCCGCAGAAGCCACAGAUGCCAAUAGUACCGCCUCUAACAACAACAACAACAACAACAAUAGCAGCAGCACUACCGCUGCCUCCGCCGCCGCCGCCGCCUCGCAGAGCAACAACAGCGAAAACAGCAGCAGCAGUCCCACCACUGGAACGGCAGCGGGAACGGCAGCGGGCACUGGAAAGCUGCACGGCGGCCACACGGCGGUCAACACCAAGGAGCGGGUGGUGGACAGCGUCCCCUUCCCGCCCAGCCACAAGCUGACCCUGGCGGAGGUGUUCGACCAGCGGACCGGCAAGCCGAACCACGAGCUGCUCAAGCAGCACUUCAUCCUGGAGGGCAGGAUCGAGGAGGCGCCCGCCCUGAAGAUCAUCCAGGACGGAGCCGCCCUGCUGCGGCAGGAGAAGACGAUGAUCGACAUCGAGGCGCCGGUGACCGUCUGCGGCGACAUCCACGGCCAGUUCUACGACCUGAUGAAGCUGUUCGAGGUGGGCGGCUCGCCGGCCAGCACCAAGUAUCUGUUCCUGGGCGACUACGUCGAUCGGGGCUACUUCAGCAUCGAGUGCGUCCUGUAUCUGUGGUCGCUGAAGAUCACCUAUCCGCAGACGCUGUUCCUGCUGCGCGGCAACCACGAGUGCCGGCAUCUGACCGAGUACUUCACCUUCAAGCAGGAGUGCAAGAUCAAGUACUCGGAGCGCGUGUACGACGCCUGCAUGGACGCAUUCGACUGCCUGCCGCUGGCGGCGCUCAUGAACCAGCAGUUCCUCUGCGUGCACGGCGGCCUGUCGCCCGAGAUACACGAGCUGGAGGACAUCCGGCGGCUCGACCGCUUCAAGGAGCCGCCCGCCUUCGGCCCCAUGUGCGACCUGCUGUGGUCCGAUCCGCUGGAGGACUUUGGCAACGAGAAGAACUCGGACUUCUACACGCACAACUCCGUGCGCGGCUGCUCGUACUUCUACAGCUACGCCGCCUGCUGCGACUUCCUGCAGAACAACAACCUGCUGUCGAUCAUCCGGGCGCACGAGGCGCAGGACGCCGGCUACCGCAUGUACCGCAAGAGCCAGACCACCGGCUUCCCCUCGCUGAUCACCAUCUUCUCGGCGCCCAACUAUCUCGACGUGUACAACAACAAGGCGGCGGUGCUGAAGUACGAGAACAACGUGAUGAACAUCCGGCAGUUCAACUGCUCGCCGCACCCGUACUGGCUGCCCAACUUCAUGGACGUGUUCACCUGGUCGCUGCCCUUCGUGGGCGAGAAGGUGACCGAGAUGCUGGUCAACGUGCUGAACAUCUGCUCCGACGACGAGCUCAUGACCGAGGAGAGCGAGGAGCCGCUCUCGGACGACGAGGCGGCGCUGCGCAAGGAGGUGAUCCGCAACAAGAUCCGUGCCAUCGGCAAGAUGGCGCGCGUCUUCUCCGUGCUGCGCGAGGAGUCCGAGUCGGUGCUGCAGCUGAAGGGCCUGACGCCCACGGGCGCCCUGCCCCUCGGCGCCCUGUCCGGCGGCAAGCAGUCGCUCAAGAACGCCAUGCAGGGCUUCUCGCCCAACCACAAGAUUACCUCGUUCGCGGAGGCCAAGGGCCUGGAUGCCGUCAACGAGCGGAUGCCGCCGCGCCGGGAUCAGCCGCCCACGCCCAGCGAGGAUCCGCACGCGCACAGUCAGCAGGGCGGCAACAAUGGGGCUGGGCACGGGUAAGCUGAGUGCGCUCUAGUGAGGAUGCAGAUGCAGAGGCGGAGGCGGUGGAGCCUGGCGUGGCUAAGUGGCU